GGAACACGCUGUGAUCCGCAUCGUCAUCGUCGAAUAGACAGCAGCCCGCCGGUUAAAUAAACGAGCUCCCAUCCCCUCCUCUUCUCUCGCGUCUCGCGCGGCGGAGAGGAGAAGGGGUGGAGGGGUCGAGCGUUGGAUCGAUCACGACAAUGGGGAGGAUCGAGUACGCGGUGGUGGCGCGGGGCGCGGUGGUGCUGGCGGAGCACGGCGCGGCGGGCAGCAACGCGGGCGCCGUCGCGCGGCAGAUCCUCGAGCGCCUCCCCGACGGCGACGCCGACUGCCACGUCUCCUACACGCGGGACCUCCACGUCUUCCAUGUCAAGCGCACCGACGGCAUCACUGUGCUCUGCAUGGCCGACGACGCCGCCGGACGGCGGAUUCCGUUCGCGUUCCUUGAGGAUAUCCAUGGAAGAUUUGUUAAGACUUAUGGCCGUGCUGCUCUCACUGCUCUUGCUUACGCGAUGAACGACGAGUUCUCGAGGGUUUUGAGCCAGCAAAUGGACUACUACUCUAAUGACCCCAGCGCGGAUAGAAUAAAUCGCAUGAGAGGAGAAUUCGAUCAGAUCCGAAGUGUUAUGCUCGAUAACAUUGAUAGAGUUCUUGAGAGAGGUGAUCGUUUGGAAUUAUUGGUUGACAAGACUGCAACUAUGCAAGGAAACACAAUGCGAUUUAAACGACAAGCUCGCCGCUUCAGAAACACCGUGUGGUGGAGAAAUGUGAAGCUCACAGCUGCGUUAAUAUUAAUCCUCUCGGUAAUACUAUACAUCGUGCUCGCAUACGUGUGCCACGGCUUCACCCUCCCCUCCUGUGUUCGGUAAACCUUGUGCAGCCCCUAGCUGCGUGGCGAGUGCUAACUUUCUGUGUCUGUGCAAGGCUUUGUUCCGAUCCUAAAAUUGUUCCAGGCUAUCUGUAAGAGCAGCUUCAUUGUUGCAAUUUUUUUCUUGUACAAAGGAAAACAUUUGCGCCGAUUAAUCCAACAAUUCUGCGCUUCUGCUUUCA